GCUAGACAGCAAUGCCAGUACAACUCCAGCAACGCUGUCUACUCGUGUUUCCCUGAGAACGACUCGCUCUUCGUUCAGCAUCAGUGGUCGCCCUUCAUCUGGAACUCUCAUUUGCCGCAGUUCACACAAGACAACGUCGUCGACCUCUACCUGUACCAUGCCGACUCCUUAGAUCAAGUUCUUAAUGUCACUAAUUAUCCAAACCCCUACCCCAACGCCGGCCAGUACGACGCCUGCGUGGACGACGCCUGGUUUGGCUCGCGAGGCGCAAAUUGGGACGGCCAAAACAUUACCUACGAGUACUUCUGGGAAAUUAGCCCCGUUACAGCGACGGCAGCUGGCGAUAAGACGCCCCUAGCGACCUUCACUGUCGUUCAAACUACCUACCUCGAUGCCGUCGUCUCUUCCAUGUCGUCUGCAUCGGUGGCAUCCGCGUCGUCAGCUUCUGCGUCGUCCGCAGCGGCCGCAUCGUCAAGAUCAGCAGCGUCGGCAUCUUCGACUGCCUCGGGUACGUCUCUCGCGAGCGACAACUUCCCGCACUGGGCGAUCGCGGUCAUCGUCGUGCUCGGCUUCCUCGCGCUCGUCGCGGCCGGCAUCCUCGCGUUCUUCAUCACGCGUCGCGUGCGCAACCGGCGGAACAGCAUGCUCUCGCACCGCGGGUCCAUGAACUCUGCAUCGCCGAUGAUGGCCAACGCGGCGACGGGCGCGACGGCGCAAUCACCGCUGCUCGGUGGCGCCGUAUUGGGCGGCGCAGCUGGCACAGCCGAGACGGGCGAGGGCCGCGCGACGUCGCCCACGGAGGGCCACGACGGUGCGUCGACGAUGUCGCGAGUGAGCGCCGACGGCCUGUUCUCCGGCGCGGACGCCGCGAUCAUGGCGGCCGCGUUCAGGUCGGCGCUGCGCAAGCCGGACUUCGCAGAUCGGCCGGGGGAUGAGGGCGAGAGCCCCGAGGGCAGCGGUGCGACGGGGCCGAGCGAGCUGCUCGGUCAAGAGCUCGCGGAGGAGGGGCGUGACAUCCGCAGUGUCGGCUCGUCGCGCGGGGUUCGGGUAGAGACGCUGAGCGACGCGGACGACGAUGCAGCGACGACGAUCCAAGACGAUGCGGCGACGACUGUGCAGGACCAUCCACAUUAG